CGGCCAGUGCUCAGUGUUCGUGCCCGAUUCACUCCUUGAAGCCUCCUUGUCUGCAUCUGAGCAACUCAUUCACGAUGUCCUCCCAAGAUUCCGCAGGUGCGACGGUCCCUUCUAACCAGGCGGCCUCUCAAACCCUCGCUGAUCGCACGAAAGACCCCGCUGAUAACGCCGCUCCUCAAGGAGAAAUCUCUAAAAACGCUGCCAAAAAGGCCGCCAAACUGGCGAAACAAGCCGCUGAUAAAGCCGAGAAGGCCGUUAACAAGGGCAUUGGAAAAUCAGAAGCGAAGGCGUCGACUUCGAAGCCCAAGAAGAAGCUGGAAAAUGUCGCAUUGAUCGGCAUUGAUGUUUCCAAGGAAGAAGAUUUCCCAGGAUGGUAUCAACAGGUUCUCACAAAGGGAGAUAUGUUGGAUUACUAUGAUGUUUCCGGCUGUUUCAUUCUCAAGCCUGCGUCCUACUUCAUCUGGGAGGAGAUUCAGCAAUGGUUUAAUGCCGAGAUCAAGAAGAUGGGCGUGAAGAACUGCUCGUUCCCUCUGUUUGUUUCGGAGGAUGUGCUGAAGAGGGAGAAGGACCAUAUUGAGGGUUUUGCAGCAGAGGUUGCUUGGGUCACUCAUGCAGGAUCUACUCCAUUGGAUAGAAAAAUCGCUAUCCGCCCAACUUCUGAAACCGUCAUGUACCCCUACUACGCCAAGUGGAUCAGAAGCCACCGCGACCUUCCUCUCAAACUCAACCAGUGGAACUCCGUUGUGCGUUGGGAGUUCAAGAAUCCUCAGCCUUUCCUUAGAACCAGAGAGUUCCUCUGGCAGGAAGGUCACACUGCGCAUCUGACUGAAGGCGAUGCUCGGGAGGAGGUUCUGCACAUCCUUGAUCUCUAUGCUAAGGUCUAUGAGGAUCUCCUUGCUGUCCCUGUUAUCAAGGGACAGAAGACAGAAAAGGAGAAGUUUGCUGGCGGUCUUUACACUACUACUGUUGAAGGAUACAUCCCAGCUACCGGCCGUGGUAUUCAAGGUGGAACGUCGCACGGGUUGGGCCAAAAUUUCAGCAAAAUGUUUAACAUCACUGUUGAGGAUCCGUCCGUUAAGGGUGAUGAGAAGAAGCCCCCUAUUCAUGUUUGGCAGAACUCGUGGGGUCUCUCGACCAGAACAUUGGGUGUCAUGGUCAUGAUCCACGGUGAUAAUCGUGGUUUGGUCCUCCCUCCCCGUGUUGCAGAAAUCCAAACCAUUGUCAUCCCUGUCGGCAUUACGGCCAAGACCUCGGAAGCAGAACGUGAGAAGCUUGGCGCUGAAAUUGAUGGCAUUGUUUCUGUCCUUCGUGAAAAUGGCAUUCGUGCUGAUAGCGACAAGCGGGACGGUUACUCUCCUGGCUGGAAAUUCAAUGACUGGGAGCUCCGCGGUGUGCCCUUGCGUAUUGAGUUUGGCCCUGGCGAGUCGGCUGGUCAAUUUGUCACUGUGGCCCGCCGCGAUGUCCCGGGUAAGGAGGGCAAGUUGACGGUUCCUCUUGCUGACCUGCCAACCGGCAUCCCCAAGUUGCUAGACGCCAUCCAGAGCGACUUGUACAAGCGUGCAGAUGCGGAAUUCCGCUCUCACCGCAAGCUCAUCACCAACUGGGAUGACUUCAUCCCCGCCCUCAAUGAUAAGAAUAUCUGUAUUAUUCCCCACUGUCUCACGGAAGAAUGCGAGGACCAGAUCAAGACCAUGAGCGCACGCAAGGCGGAGGAAGAUUCCGGCCAACCCCAGGACGCUCGUGCCCCAAGCAUGGGAGCCAAGUCUCUCUGCAUCCCCUUCGAUCAGCCGGAGGGUAUCGAACAUGGUGUGACCAAAUGCACCAACCCAGAGUGCAACAGGCUCGCAGAGAAGUGGUGCAUGUUUGGCCGUUCAUACUAAGCCCUUUUUGGCAUUGACUACACGUUGGAGUCAUAUACUUCGCUUCUCCAAAAUGUCGUUCUCUCAUCUAGACCGACCGUUUCAUGACUUCAUAACCCUAUGCUGUUUAACGAGAACUUGAUGUACGCGAUGAUGUGAGCAGGAAAAUAAAAACAAAGCAGGGGGUUCAAGUUCGAGAUACCCUUUGUUCUUUAUCUGGGGGGAGUUUGUGGGAGCAGAUCGUGUAACUAGGGGAUUAUGAUUAAAAAUUUAAAGUAAAAAAGAAAUCCAGGAAUCUUCUUUAUAUUA